GUGGGCAGGGGCCGCGCGCCGGCUGCCCAGGGAAGCGCUUCGCCCGCGGAGCCAGGCGCUCGGCUCCCGGCGCACCUGGGGGCGAGGCGGCGCCGAGGGACCCCGCGGGCGUCCGGGCGUCUGGCCCGCGCGGCACGCCCAUGGGCAGCCCCUGGAACCGCAGCCACGGCGCGGGGGGCGCGGAGGGCGCGGGGGAGCCGCCCUGGGCCGCGCUGCCUCCCUGCGACGAGCACCGCUGCUCGCCCUUCCCGCUGGGGGCGCUGGUGCCGGUGACCGCCGUGUGCCUGGGCCUGUUCGCCGUCGGGGUGAGCGGCAACGUGGUGACGGUGCUGCUCAUCGGGCGCUCCCGGGACCCGCGGACCACCACCAACCUGUACCUGGGCAGCAUGGCGGUGUCCGACCUGCUCAUCCUGCUCGGGCUGCCCUUCGACCUGUACCGCCUCUGGCGCUCGCGGCCCUGGGUGUUCGGGCCGCUGCUCUGCCGCCUCUCGCUCUACCUGGGCGAGGGCUGCACCUACGCCACGCUGCUGCACGUGACGGCGCUCAGCGCGGAGCGCUACCUCGCCAUCUGCCGCCCGCUCCGCGCCCGCGUCCUCGUCACCCGGCGCCGCGUCCGCGCGCUCAUCGCCGCGCUCUGGGCGCUGGCUCUGCUCUCGGCCGGGCCCUUCUUCUUCCUGGUCGGGGUGCAGCAGGACCCUCGCGCCGACCCGCCGCCGGCCCUUAACGGCACCGCGCAGCUCGCCCCCUCGCCCGGCUCCUCGCCGCCACCGAGACCGUCGGCCCGCGCGUCCUCUCCGGUGCCGACCCGGCCCCCGCCGUCGGGGCGCGAGGCGGCGGCGGCGGCGGCCGCCGCGCUGUUCAGCCGCGAGUGCCGGCCGAGCCCCUCGCAGCUGGGCGUGCUGCGCGUCAUGCUGUGGGUCACCACCGCCUACUUCUUCCUGCCCUUCCUGUGCCUCAGCGUCCUCUACGGGCUCAUCGGGCGGGAGCUGGGCCGGAGCCAGCGGCCGCUGCGGGGCCCGGCGGCCUCCGGGCGCGCGAAGGGCCACCGGCAGACGGUCCGCGUCCUGCUGCUGGUGGUCCUGUCAUUUAUCGUCUGCUGGUUGCCGUUCCACGUUGGCAGGAUCAUUUACAUAAAUACGGAAGAUUCUCAGAUGAUGUACUUUUCUCAAUACUUUAACAUUGUUGCGUUGCAACUUUUCUACCUAAGUGCGUCCAUUAACCCGAUCCUCUACAACCUCAUUUCAAAGAAGUAUAGAGCCGCGGCCUGGAAACUGCUUCGCGGGAGGCAGCCUGCACCGAGAGGUUUCUGUGGGAACAGAAACACUGAGGGGACCACGGGAGGAGACACAGCUGGCCGCACGGAGACCAGCGCUAGCCUGCAGACGCCUGCCGCUGGCAUGGCCAAGCAGGUCGCCUGCUCCCACAGUUCUGGGACUUCAGAGAAAACAGGUCUGUAGGACAAUAAGGACUGCAAGGGGAAUCCACGCUGUUAGGAAGAAUUAGAAAGAGCGGUGCACAUUUUGUAAGUUGGCCAGGAACUUUGUCAGCAUAACUUUUUUUUUUCAAUCAAGAUACAAAAAGUAAGUGUACCCAUCUUUCUAGUUUCCCAUUCAUGUACCUCCUCAGAGACAUUCAUUUUAGCCUCAUGCAACCCCAGUCGUGAAAUGUGCUCUAGGGAGGUUUUACACGUCCUCAUUCUCCUAGACUUUGGAAAUAUGAUUGUUCAUUUUACAGUUCAUAAGAUACAGAGAGGUGCUGCAAUAAAAAUGGUUGUCUUUGA